AUGUUUGAGCUUGAUGAAAUUAUGCGACAAAGAGAGAGCACAGAAUUUGCUGAGAUCUUAAAUAGAUUAAGAGAAGGUAAAGAUACUUCCAGUGACCUCAAAAAACUGAAAGAAAGAUGUGUUAACGAAUCUAGUUGUCCUACAGAAGCUCCACGUUUGUUUAUUCAAAAUGCUUUGGUUGAUGACUAUAAUGAAAAAGUAUAUGAAUCGUUUAGUGGAGAUAAAUAUGUAAUUAAAGCACAAGAUAGUGUCAUUGGAGCAUGUUCUGCUGAGCUGAAAGAGAAAAUAAUGAGACAAAUACCUUACGUUUCUUUGAGGAACUCUAAACAGUUGGCUAGUAAACUUAAACUUGUUGUAGGAUAA